AUGCUUGAAAUUCCAUCUGGUCCAGGUGAUCAUUUAUCAGUGGUGGAUCAGGAUUUAGGAAAGAGGGAUCUGUUUGUUAAAAUAUAUUUUUGUGGAAGUAUUAGGGCUGGUCGUGAUGAUGUUGAUCUUUAUGGCCGCAUUGUUGAAAUGCUGAAAAAGUAUGGUACAGUCUUAACACCAUUUUGUUGCAGACCCAAAUGUUACACAUUAGGAAGUAAUGAAGGCAAAACUGACCCAGAGAUACAUGAUAGGGAUAUACGACUCUUGACAGAAUCGCAAGCUAUUGUUGCUGAAGUUACCCAGCCAUCAUUGGGUGUUGGCUAUGAAAUAGGAAGGGGAGUAGCUAUGCAAAAGAAAAUCUUGUGUUUAUAUCGACCACAACCCAAUAAAAGACUGUCGGCAAUGAUUCGUGGAGCAGAGAAAGAAGGGUUGUUUGUAACUGAAGAUUAUGAAGAAGAGAAUCUCCCUUCCAUACUAGACAAUUUCUUCAAAAAAGUUGACCAGAGGAAAAGAAAGGAUAGUCUGGACUGGAAAAGUUACGAGCCAAUGUAAGAUUAAAGUUGCUGUUACAAUAAGAUUAAAGUUGGCUACACCAUAA